UAAGCCCUGGUCACUCUUGAUGGGCUUACUCCCGCUCGGCCCAUAUGGCAGUGUCUUUUUAUGGGCUGACCCAGCUGUUCGGACUGAAGGUUGUGUUUUGCGAGUCGGACCUGGCCCAUGUCAUCCAGGGCCUCCUCAACUGCCCCCAUAAUUGCCCCUUAUUUAAUAAGGGGUAAUUAUUGAUGGCGUCUCAUCAUGACGCUGACGGCUCGAGAUAACCACGUGGGGGAGCGAACGGUCAGAUCCAGAAUCAAUGUUCCGGGGUUCGAGGGAUUUCUUGCCUUCCCGACGCUUCGGCCCUCGGGCCCCCUUGCCUAUAUAAUGCUCUCGAAUUCCACUUCACUUCCCUUUACCGUCUCCAUCAUCAGCCAAAUCUCCCUCUUUCUAGAACUGUGCUAAGCCUUUUCCGGUGAAAUCCUUCGAGAGUCAUUCUCCCAGCGAUCUUGCAGUCCUCCGAGGUUAGUUUCGUUCUUUUUACUUUCGGCAGGCUUCCAUUUUCCCUCUUUUAGAUUCUUCUUGCACUUCCACCAUGGUUGUAGAUCUGGGUGUCCUUCGUAUGAGACUUAGGCUUCCUGACAACAUCGUAGUUAGGGUUUGCCCCCAAGACGUUAAUAUUACGACCGGCGCCGGCCUCCUGCCCGGCGAAGUCUUAUUCACAAACCUUCAACUGAAUGUUGUUAGGUUCCCUCUGCACCCUUUCUUUAGUUACGUCUUCAACAGAUUGGGGAUAUCCCCUCUGCAGGUCAACCCCAACUUCUUUAGGAUCAUAUCUGUUAUGCUCUUAUUGAUGCGUGACAGAAAUCUGGACCUUGACCUCAUAGACCUCCUUCUGUGCUAUAAGGUCAGUAAGAUCCGUACUAACGAGCCCUUCUACCACCUCUACCCGUUCGAGAAGAUGUCCAUAUGCACUGACACAAUAAAAUCUGAAAAGGGUUGGAGGGAUAGCAUAGUGGGUAUUAGUGGGGCUUGGUCUUCGCCGGCUGCAGAGGAUUACCCUAUCCCGAGCGCCUUUGGUGUCUGCUCUGUCUCCUCCUAUAAAAAAUUCAAAUCCCAUAAACACGACUGCCCCUGUGAAACAUGCGUUCCUCGUUUUUGCACUUACUUAUGCCGCUCCUUGGGAAUACCUUGUGAUGACUUGAGCUACAGUGUUUGCAGGGAUAGGAUUAACUACUUGAAGAGAUACGUUCUGAACGAUAUUCCUUCCUGCUCAGAUCUCCUCACUUCAGACAACCUCUUUGCGCUCUCAUCACUCGGCUACAAUAUGAGCAGACUGCAGAUUCCCUCUUUUGGCAGGAGGAAAAAUACUCCCCCAGUCAUUCCUGCUGCUGGGGCGACCUCCUCUCCAGCGUCGGCUUCUUCUUCAGCCACCAUAUCUGACACUGUCCCGAGCGCAGUGGCUACUAACCCUGCUGCCAGCGCCCCUGCGGCCAACCAGAACGCGCCCUCCCCAGCUACCAUAGCUCCUGCUGCUGCGGGGGGCGGUCGGGACAAAGAGCGAGGCAAAAGGCCUCAUCCUGACAGUGAAAUCGACCCUGAGGAGGAGCCUCUUAUUAGAAGGACCCGAGUCUCUGGGCCGGGUACUCUCUUGCACCGAGCGAUCAGAGCUCCUUCUCACUCUGGGCCUCCUGCAGCUGGUGGCUCUGCUUCUGCUUCAGGCCCCCCUUCUAUCCCCAGCUUGCCGCCAUGGGCCCCUCGGUACACUCGAACGGAUGGGACGUUCGUGAAACCGAACGAGACCAUGCUGAAGGAUGGCCAGACCGCUAUGGCCUACUACAGGAGCAUGUGGACUCCGAAGGACAUUGAGGCGGCAAAGGGCCUUUCCCAGAAGGACGUGUUCAGUCGCUUUCCCCAAUCUGCUAUGGAGACAUUGUUUGGGAUGAUGGCCAUGCAGAAGCAGGUGGAAAUGGGGAACGCCAGGGCCCGAAAGUAUUCUGACAGCCUGGAGGUGGCUAAUAAAGAGAACGACCUCCUUGCCAUGAAGAAUACCGAGGUGCUGGUUCGGCUUGACAAAGCCGAGCAAGAGAGAGAUGUCCUGAAAAAGGAGAAUGAUUCCCUUCAGGAUGAGAAGGACGCCCUCCAGCUCGAGAAGAGCGUCUGGCAGACUGAGCAGGAAUCACUCAGGGAAGAGAAGCUUGUUCAUUCUGAUGUGUGGGGUCCUGAAUCUACUACUUCGUUACUUGGUUUCUGUUACUUUGUUGUGUUUGUUGAUGACUUUAGUCGAUACACUUGGCUUUAUCUUAUGAAAACCAAAGAUGAAGUUCAUUCCAUUUUUAAAACCUUUUAUAGGAUUGUAUGCACUCAGUUUGGUUGUCCCCUCAAAAUCCUUCGAUCUAAUAAUGAAGGAGAGUUUAUGUAUGGUGGCCUUGCCUCUUUUUUUGCUGAUAACGGGAUUGUCCAUCAAACCUCUUGUGUCGAUACACCACAACAGAACAGUGUAGCUAAAAGAAAACACCGUCAUAUUACGAAGGUGACCCGUUCUCUUCUAAUUGGGAUGGGAGUGCCUAAAAGUUAUUGGGCUGAUGCAACCUUAACAGCUACAUACCUUAUCAAUCGCAUGCCUUCUGAGGUUCUUGGCUAUCAAUCCCCCUUCUCUGUCUUACACCAUGACACUGCCUUGUUUAGUGUCCCUCCGAAAAUGUUUGGUUAUGUUUGUUAUGUUCACAUUCAUCAUCGCAAGGACAAAAUGGACCCUAAGGCAAUCCGAUGUGUCUUUCUUGGAUACUCCGCCACUCAUAAAGGGUAUCGGUGUUAUAACCCAACCACUCGUCGUUGCUUUGUCUCCAUGGAUGUUACAUUCUUUGAGUUUGUUCCCUUUUUUUCCACUACUCAGGAUUCUCUACAGGGGGAGACUACUAUACAGGGGGAGCUUCUUACUGAGGUGCCUAUGUCGAGUCCUCCUAACACUAAUGAUUUGCAGCAGGGAAAGCAGACAAUUGUCUACACUAGGAGGGCAAAACAAGUUAUUGACUCACCCCAGGACCAAGAAGUCUCCCUCGAUCCAGGUAAUUCCUUAGUUGACAUUGGCACUCCUGAUUCUUUUCCCAAUAACAUUCCUGUUGACCUUGAUGUCCCUAUUGCCUAUCGUAAGGGUGUUCGUAGUUGUACAAAGCAUCCCAUAUCGCAGUUUGUAUACUAUGAUGCCUUAUCUCUAACAUAUCGUGCUUUCACUUCGUGUAUCUCCUCUGUAUCUGUUCCUUCUAGUGUUUCAGAUGCUCUUAGUCAAAAACUCCAUGGAAGAAAGCUAUGCUUGAAGAAAUGA